UCCCUCAAUGGCGCCUAAUUCUCACGCAUUCAGCUGUAAGUGCUUAUAGGAAGAAAAUUUGCGAGAUUUUUUUUUUUAAUUUAGAAACUUUCCUUGAGAAAGUGAAUUUGUGACUAAUUGCCGUGAACUGACUACACGGCCUUGUUCAGGUGAGGGCACAAAGGAUGUGCUGUGGAUGUUUUUUUGCUGUUAAAUAGGGGCGUUUAGAGGGUGCUUUUCGCGUGUGUGUUUUCCGCAGUGAUUUUCUGCAUUGUUGCCGUUGGAGUUGUCAAAGAGAUUUUCGCGUGUUCUCAAACCCCAUCCACGGGGGUUGCUGAAGGUGCUGUUCGUCCUACCCCAAAGUUUUCAUUAUCAAAAAAAAUUUUUAAAAAUGUCCCGAGAGUGUGAAGGGAUUGUGAUACGAGAGGGCCCAAUUUAGAUGGGGUAGUGCACCCUCCUGCCAAAGCCAAAGUAGAGCAAUAAUUGUGAAGUGGAUGGUGGUGGCCUAAAAGAGUGUCCCUGGUGUACGUGUGUGUGUGUGUGUGUGUAUGUGUGUCUUGCAGGAAAACCUCCCGCAACAUCGCAGGGACGCAAUUUGAGGCAAUUUUCAGUGGAGGCUCACCCUGGAGGUGCCCCCCCUCGCGCACUCAAGAACAAGGAAUUGCGGGAGUCAAAAAGGGGCGAACAAAUCACAACGCAACAUUCAAAAAAAAUUCAGUUGGGUGGCGCGCGCGUGGAAAAUAAACCUGGACCCGGUGAUGGGGGUUGGAGGAACCCCCAUGAGAAAUGCAACAACCCCGGUACAUGCCAUCGGUUUCUGAUCUGUACGGGACGGAUGAGAUAGAAUUUCUCCUGGAAGAAAUACGAGACUUAGAACCGGCCUGCUGUCAGCUAGAAGAUAUUCAGGUACACGAUGAUGACGAUUGUGUAGAAAAUCCGCACGACUUUGAAAUAGCUGGCAGCAGAGCCGGAGAGUUGUCUUUAUCAUUGGAAUCACCAAUUGGAACGGUGACUUCGUGGGAUUCGCACGCUCAGUACCGCGCCAGGCUGGGGAACAUGCAGGUACCCUGGGGAGGUGUUCAGUUGCACUGCGACACGACGCACCUCAAAACUCCCACAGGGAUUGUUCGUAUCCUGCUUGUGGUCUCCUCGGCCAUUUGCCUGGCGUGUGAGUGCUCAGCGGGAACUGUUCAAGUUGGCCUCUUCCUGCUACCCUUAAUUGGUCGACUACGUCUGAUGGUGUUCUGUGCGCUCUUCUCCCUCCUCCUGACGUGCUUGAUGCUCUUCCUGGACAUCUCCCACAUUGCCCUCGUGCUGCCCUUCAAUUGGGCUCGUGUCAAUGCAUGGGUGUACCUCAGCAUUGGGCUCAUCUUCAUCCUGGGCUCAUCACUCCUCCUACACAUGGUUCUCUUUGCUGAGGCAUUCAUCUGGGUACCGCGUCACACCAAAGACACCCUCUUCGUGUCAGCCAUCAUCGGAUACGUGUGCGCCCUGGAGGCCUUCCUUCUGUCCGCCUUCACGCAGUGCCCGUCCAAGUAUCGCCAAGUGCCGGACGAUCCCAGCGAGGCGCUAGAUCGCGAAUUGAGUCCACUUAGCACAUCCGAAGUACCCAAUCACACCCACACAGAUGGUCUCAAUUCAAAUAAUUCGCUCCUAAAGGCCACGACGCCCACUACGUCGAUUUGCAACCAAAAGCCUUACAUUCCCGCCAAACGUCCAGAUCAGGCUUUCAAUAAAGCCCCAACGCUGGGUAAUCCCCAAAAAUCUAGCAAUCGCAAUCGCCAAGGUUACCACUACCAACCAAUUGCGUCCACAUCCCAACAGAGUCCAACAUUUGUCCUCGACAAUUCGAUCCCCGGAUCGUCCAUUAAGUCGAAAUCUAAUACAUCUAGUGCGUGAUAAUUUAUGUGCAAACACACUGAUUAAAAAAAAUGAGAAUGUAUUCAGAGUUUAGAACCUGUAAUGGUUCAACCCCCGAUAGUGAAUUGCUGAGAAAUCUUUUUUUGGCCCCCCAAGAAAAAAAAGAUAUAAAGAUAACAGAUAUAGAGAAAAAAUGUAUAAUCGAGUAAAUUAUAUAUAUAUCACUUGAAUGUAAACUAUAUAUAUAAAAAAAAUGAAACUUUGAACAGGUAACGUUAGUUAUUUCGGAAUUGCGCCGCAUUAACACACUCUUUAUUCCUCCCACAAAUGGGAGGAACACAAUAAAAAAUGUGCGCAACAAAGGCAUUAUUUGUAUUUUGAAAAUAACGAUGAAAAAAUUAGUUUAGGGUGUUUUAAAAAAAUCUCAAAUAUUCUUCAUAUAAAUUGACCUCUUUUCCAUUAAAAAAAAAAACAAAAUGAAGAAAACUCUCACUGUAAAAUCCUCUUUAGUCACCUUCGUUGUAGGGGAGAAUGUAAUUUUUUUCUUUGGAGAGUCGUGUAAAGCCAUAGGGUGUCUCAAAGAAAAGACACGAAAUAAAGCAGAAUUUGAAGAAAA